AUGAUUCACAGAGAUGCCCAAUUGGAAGACAGGAUAUACAAGAUCACUUUGCUGCUGCCCUAUGCAACAACCGAGUUGACACCUCAGUGUACACCUCACCAUCCCCUCUCCCCAGAGAACUUGACCCUCUCUCCAUUUUCUCCUGCAGAGAUCGCAAGGAAACUCUAUUCAGCUGAAAACUCGGCACCCGGACACGAUCGACUCUCAUACAACCAUUGGAAGGCCGUUGAUCCGGACUGUACAGUACUCGCAGCCAUCUUCAACAUCUGCUUGAAAGCUAGGAAAGUCCCUGCAGCUUGGAAAGACUCUCUGUUACGAUUGCCAAGCUGUUCUGUGGUUGCCUGGCACGACGGUUCACUUCUUGGCUCAUCGACAACUGCAUCCUCUUCCCCGUCACAGAAGGGAUUUCUACCCUUCGACGGGGUGUUUGAAAAUAACUUCGUUGUUCAGCAGAGAAUCCAGCUAGCACGGACCAGCCAAUCUGACACCUGCCUGGCGUCAUUGGACCUAUCCAAUGCCUUCGGAUCCGUGCCCCACGAUGCAAUUUUUGCUGCGCUUCGAGCCUCUGGAGUUGGGAAUCAUUUCACCGAGCUGAUACAGGAGCUGUACACGGAUGCGUCCACACGCGUCUUCACAGAGGAAGGCCCCACGGAUCCAAUUCCAAUUGACAUCGGAGUACGUCAGGGUUGCCCCCUAAGUGGGCUGUUGUUCAACUUGACCAUCAACCCGAUACUUGUCGCAGUCCAAGGGCAAAGUCCUCUACACCGCAUACUGGCGUAUGCCGACGACCUACUGCUACUCGCGCCCUCCCCUGCGGAGCUGCAAACUCAACUCAAUCUGACGCACAACCUGGUUGGAAAGCUUGGCCUCUACAUCAACCCCAGAAAAUGCUUCUCCCUACAUAUCUCCGGAGCUCGCCCAACGGGUGUCCGCCACUCUCAGUUCUCGAUCGACGGCACUGCCAUCAGGUGUCUUCGUGAGGGUGAAGGUGAGGAAUUUUUGGGGAAACCAAUUGGAUUCAACCAACCACCGGACAUCGAGGCACUCAAUACUUACCUACAGAAAUGCGAGAUGAUCCUGAAUUCGCCACUUGCUCCCUGGCAGCGCAUUGACGCGCUCAAAUCCUUUGUGUUUCCAUCAAUGGAUUUUGAUAUGAGGACGGCCCGGUUGAAGAAAACCGACUGGGCAAAGAUUGACUCACAUGUGCGCCCGCUACUAAAGAGGACUCUCAACCUACCUCCCGAGGCGGCAAAUGAAUAUCUUUACGGCGCGAAGGAAUCUGCAUGCUUUGGUAUCCCGCUGGCUGCCGAAAGCUCAGAUAUAGCAAGGAUUGACAGCGCUUUCAAGUUGCUCACUUCAUUGGACCCUGGGAUACAACAGCUCGCUUGGGAGGACCUUACGCGACUUGUAAGUGGACGACUGAAAAGGGUUCCUUCCUUCUCUGAGAUUGCAGCUUUCCUUUCGGGAUGUGACGAAGACUUUCCCAGGAGCACCUCCAACCCAAUUUCAUCAGUUUGGUCCGCGGCCAGAAGCGCAGCCCGUCGCCUAAAAGUCACGUGGACAAUUUCUGACGACCACACUGUGGAGAUCUCUCAUGACGGUACCACCAUAACAGCCGGCAAGCGACGCCUUGUAUUCCGCACCCUGCGGAAUGCCAUCAAGAAAUCCCGCGCAGAGAAACUCAUCACUUAUCCCAACCAGGGCAAGGCGAUGGAAUGCGCAGCGGCUGCCAAAGCAAGCUCUCACUUUUUCCGGAACGGGGCAUUUACACGAUUCGCCGACUGGCGAUUUAUACAUCGUGCAAGGCUAAACCUCGUCCCCCUGAACGGUGUUCGUCGCAAUGUGAAUGGCUCCCGUGGCUGCAGAAGAUGCAACUUUGAGCUCGAGACCCUCCCGCAUGUCCUCUGCCACUGCAUGAGAUACAGCCGUCUCUACCAAGCGAGGCACAAUGCAGUGGUAGAGAGGAUUAAAAAGGCAGCCAGUGGAAGGUGGCAGCUCCUCUCCGAGAACCGGCCAGUCAGAGGACUCCCGCUACGCCCGGACAUCAUCCUAACAAGAGACAACGCAUGCCUCAUCCUAGACAUAACAGUUGCUUUUGACAACCGUCGGUCUUCAUUUGAUGCUGCUCGCCGAGAGAAGAUGAACAAGUACCGUCCGCUAAUCGAAGCACUGAAAUCUACAUACAACGAUGUGCGCGUAGAAGCAAUUGUAAUCGGAGCACUAGGAUCAUGGGAUCCAAACAACGAUAAAGUUCUCAGCAGGAUCUGCAGCAGGAAGUACGCAUCACUUAUGCGAAAGCUCAUCGUAAGUGAAACAAUAAGUAAAUCAAGGGAUAUCUAUGUGGAGCAUCUCACGGACGUCAGACAGGAGAACUGGUUCACCGGUGGAUAUGCUGAUAGAGUAGUUGCCUCGUCCGGAGGGCGGAGCCAAGGUGGAUCUUUGGUUAGUUUCGAUCUAACUGGUUGGUUUUUAUGCUUACUCGGAUUAGUGUCCCGGAGUAGCCGUGAGCCCUUAGCCUGUGUUCUGCCACAGGUCAGGGAUCGAGUAAGCUUCCGAUUACCCAUCCAUGUGAAAAGGACACCCGGCUGGGUGCGGCCUUUAGUGGGGCGUAAUCUUCCAAGUCCUGGUCAUCGUCUUUGCUUUCCUGUCAAUGGUUUUUCCUUUCGAUUCAUUUAG